CCCAUUCGUAUCCUCGUCACAACACACGCUCCUUUCUUUAUAAUUGCUAUUUCAACAAAACCCUAACUUCAAACCUUCGCUUCUCCUCUCAUCACUUCGGCAGUCACAGAAUCCUCGUAGCCGAAAAUGCCUUUCAAGAGGUACGUUGAGAUUGGAAGGGUUGCUCAGAUCAACUACGGCAAAGAGUAUGGGAGGCUAGUGGUCAUUGUCGACGUCAUUGACCAGAACAGAGCUCUUGUGGACGCUCCCGAUAUGGUGAGGUCCCAAGUGAACUUCAAGAGGCUGUCACUCACUGACAUUAAGAUUGAUAUCAAGAGGGUCCCAAAGAAGAAGGAUCUCAUUCAAGCCAUGGAGGCUGCUGAUGUUAAGAACAGGUGGGAGAAAAGUUCAUGGGGCAGAAAACUGAUUGUGCAGAAGAGAAGAGCAUCCCUCAAUGACUUUGACAGGUUUAAGAUUAUGUUGGCAAAGAUCAAGAGGGCAGGAGUUGUUAGGCAAGAGCUUGCUAAGCUGAAAAAGACUGCUUAGGCCUCUAAUUUCAUGUGCAAUUUCCAAAUUUUGUUAUGAAUUUCUUUCGAUUAGUUUACUUUUGUUACAUGAGUUUUUAUUAUGUAUCAUUGACAGAUUUCCUAGAAAUGUUUAUUUUGAGAUCUUGUGUUACUAGUGGAUUGAUGCCAGUUCUCCCAAUCUCAUUGUUACAAUAUUUGGUUUGCCUCUUUUGGCCUUUUGUUUGCACUUUGAUUAUUGGUUUUCUGACAA